UUACCCUCCAAAACAAACAAAAGGCACAGUCUGAGUUGGCCAUUGAAGCAAGCAAAGUGCCGACACGGAAGCUUUAACUGAUUACCACAAUGGAAGUCCUCCAUGAAGCCCCAAAUACCUCUUCAUUCGUACCUCUCGCGGAGCAUCAGUCGCGAACUCCUGCCUCGUUCUACUCUGGACCACCCAUUUUACACCACUUCAGCGAGAGAUGCAAAGUGGUUAUUCUGGAGCGUGAUUUAUUAGCUUCCCCUGCUCUGAAUAGUCUGCGGUCGACUACGGUAGAGGGUUCAUCGAAUGGCACAGCACAGGGAGAACGCGGUGCCCCUGCAGGUACAACAGUCGAUGAGGCAGUAGAGGAUACCAAAGAGCUAUCUCUCCCGGGUGUCAGUGUCUGGGCCACUUCUGAAAAGCUAUUGUUAUUUUCUACGGAGACGUCCAGUGGUGUUGCAAUCCCGUAUCCGAUAAUAUCUCUGCAUGCGAUCCAACGGCUUCCCCUGCCGAAUUCUUCCGACAAUGACACUGUGCAGGGCCUUUACAUGCAGUUAGCCACCACGAGCGGAGGAGAUGAGAAUAUGGAUGAGGAUGUAGACGAAGAUAGCAUUUCGCUCACCAUCAUUCCUCUGUCGGUCCCCGCUACCCAACCUACCGACCAGGAAACGUCAACUGAAGAAGAAGAUAAAAAGACCCAGUCCCAAAUUGAGGCUCUUUUUGAGGCUGUGUCUGCCUGUUCCAAUCUUCACCCCGACCCUGUCGAGCAAGACGACGAAGAUAGAUACGAAGAUGCGGAUGAAGGUGAGGAAUUCCAUCAACAACUCCAAGGUAGUGCCUUGUUCCAAAAUGGUCUGAUUUUCCCUGGAAACAAUGCAGGUGGCCUGCCUCCAGCCCUACCUGGAAGCGGUGGCUGGAUUACCGCAGAGAAUGCCCACGAGUAUUUUGAUGAAGAUGGAAACUGGAAAGGUGGAGAGGAACCUCCCUUGGGUGCAGGAGCGGGUACCGUAAGGCCACGUGAAGAUGACGAUGAAGGAAUGAAUGAGGCUGAUGCCGCGAACAACGCGAAUGGAACGGCUGGGGAUGAAACGAAGUGGCGAAGGACCGAGUGAUUCAGUAUUGCUCUACCUCUUAGUGUCAUGUUCGAGCUCUACCUUGUGUGAUUAUACCCUAUUCAAAACAGUCGGAGCCAGCCGUAUAUCGUAACUUCCCCCUGGCAAAAAUACCAGAAAUCAACAAAAGCAUAACUCCUCAGAGUUUUAAAUGUGUCGAUUAUACCCUUAGAUCCACUAUCGCCGUUCACACUUGACUGGGUCGAUGAUUCCAAAUAUAGAGUGCAAUUACUGCAGCUAAUUAUGAAAAAAGCAGAACCGUUUUACGGGACAAGUCUACCUCUUUAUGGAUGCGAUAGCUGAUCAGUAUCGUGUUACUUCCAUAGGUUACCUCCUGGUUUCCAGGCUGUUCCCGCAGUGGAUACCCUGAUUUCGAAUCUAUAAUGCGUCGCGAACGCCCGCUAUAUCCAGCCAAUACCCUUUCCAAUGAAUAUACUCACAUUUAAGCUAAUCCGAACAUAGUACUACUUUUGGAGAACUCUAUGCUCUAUACUUGAUAGACCAUGACUAGCACACUGAACUUCAUGUUCAUUGCAAGUCUGCCCUCUGGGAAUAUCUCUAUUAAAAAUCCCCCCUCUCUAAAUUUCUCUCUGAUUAACUCUACCGAGUUAUCUGGUUCGUGGUAGUGAAAUCGACAGGCGAUACCCUUCCACCUCUUUCCGGCACUCUGACCGGAAUUGCAGGAGUUGACGGUCGAACAACACCCGGAAUUCGAACAGAA